UUUGCAAGCAAAGCCGAAGAGGAGAAGCUGAUCGAAGCACCGUCCGGGAUAGGCAAGUAAGGUUUGCCUGAUAGUGGAAGCUCUUGUAACCCUAGGUUAUCGAUUGGUCAGGGAAGGCGAAAGGAUGGACGUGACUUCGGAGAAAGAACUGGAAAAUAUAAUAAACGAAGUGGUCUGCUCAAUCUGUCUCGAGUUUUACACGGAGCCAGUGAUGAUAGACUGUGGCCACAACUUCUGCAAAAAGUGCAUCCUUGAUUACUGGGAGAAGCAGAAAGACGAUAUCACCUGCCCCAAAUGCCAGGAGCAGUUUACCCAGCCGAACACCAGGCUCAACCGCUUCGCCGCGAGCAUGGUGGAGAGCGUCCGCAAACUGACCGUGAAGCCCAAGGAGAGCGAGGACAUCCGCUGCCCCCAGCACGACGAGAAACUCAAGCUCUUCUGCGAGAGCGACAAAUCACCCGUCUGCGUGGUUUGCGCCGUUUCCCAAGAGCACAAGGACCACAAGAUCAGCCCCCUGAAGGACGUGACCGAAGUCUACAUGGGAAAACUGCAGACUGCCUUGGAAUUCCUGAAUAAGCAAGUGGAUGAAAUAUCCAACUGUCAAGUCAGUCAACAGACCAACAUCGCUGAGCUGAAGAAACAAGCCAACGACAUGCGGAAGAACAUUGAGUCCGAAUUUGCCAAGCUCAGGCAGUUUCUGCGUGAGGAGGAGAAGUUGGUGAUGGGGAAGAUUAAGCAGAAAGAAGAUGGUGUCUUGCAUCAGUUGGAGCAGAACCUGAAGGCAGUGUCAGUGGAAAAUGCGCUGAUGAACCAGCGAAUUUCGGAAAUUCAGAGGAGGAUGACACUUCAGGAAGUAGAGCUGUUGAAGAUGGAGCUCAGAAAUAGGUUGGAUGAGUUUAUGUAUGGUUGGUGUAAUGUUCGAAGUGCAGAGAUGCCAUACACCAGACCCACGGAAGUACGCAUUGACCUGAAUCUACGUGAGCCCACUGGACCUUUACAGUACACCGUGUGGAGGCGAAUGCUGGAAGUUAUCACUCCAGUUCCAGCCUCGCUGACCCUGGACCCGCAGACGGCGCACCCCCGCCUCAUCCUGUCUGAGGACCACACCCAGGUGAAGCGCGGUGAAUGGAGGAAGGUGCCUGACCUCCCCGAGCGCUUCAACUUUCUGCUCAGCGUAUUGGCGUCACAGGGAUUCACCUCAGGCCGCCACUACUGGGAGGUAGAUGUGAGCAGCAACACGGCUUGGGACGUGGGCGCCGCCAAGUCCUCGGUGACGAGGAAAGCCAUUCCGCAGAACGGCAUCUGGGCAGUGGGACUGUGGGACAAGGAGUACAGUGCCUUCACCAAUCCCCGCACCUCACUGUCACUGGACGAGGGCCCCAAGCGGCUGGGCAUUUACCUGGAUUACGAAGAGGGCCAGAUCUCCUUCUACAAUGCCGUCACCAUGGAACACAUCUACACCUUCUCUGACAAGUUCACCGAGGCCAUCCACCCCUACUUCAGCACAGAGUGCAAAGUCAGCGCACUGAAGGUGGUCACAGUUCAAAUCUAGAAUGAGAGCCAAUUCAGACCUAUACUCCCCAGACGGGACACUUUCACAUGGGGAGAGAUAGUGGAGGGUGGUGCAGUGGGCAAAUGCACCAGAUCUACACUCAAAAGGGGAAAGUGUGCCUUCUGGUGUUUUAAGCUGAUGGAACCAUACACCCCACCAACACCUCCUGCUCUUUCUCAGAGCAUCCCUUGUGCCGGGACUGAACCUGCUGCCAGAAUGAGUUAGUGUUGUAUCAGACAUUAAGAAUCCAAAACACUGCAUCCCUAGAGAACAGCCUGCACUGUGAUCUUCUGCACAUCUGAGCAGGAAACAGGAACUAAAAA